UAAUGCGCAGAUUCAAUAAUCACCAAAAACAGAACACAAAAGAGAGGACAACGAAAACAAUGUCGAUUAUUCUGUAUUUCUUUUCGUUUCUCCUUUUCUCGUUAAUAUUCGUGAAGAAAAUCAAAGAAUCGAGACAAAACCUUCCACCGAGCCCACCAAAGUUUCCGAUCAUCGGAAACCUACACCAGCUUCGAGGAUUGCUUCACAGAUGUCUUCAUGAUAUCUCCAAGAAACAUGGACCCGUGUUGCUUCUCAGGCUAGGUUUUGUCCAAAUGGUUGUAAUCUCAUCGAGCGAAGCAGCUGAAGAAGCUCUUAAAACACAUGACCUCGAGUGUUGUACCAGACCUAAAACUAACGCCUCAUGGACAUUCUCGCGUGAUGGUCAAAACAUUGCCUUUGCGCCAUAUGGUGAGGCGUGGAGAGAGUUGCGUAAGCUUUCUGUUCUCAAUUUUUUCAGCGCCAAAAAAGUUCGAUCUUUCAGGUACAUCAGAGAGGAAGAGAAUGACUUGAUGGUCAAGAAACUUAAGGAGUUGGCUCAAAGGAAGUCUCCAGUGGAUUUGAGCCAAACACUUUUCUGUCUAGCCGGAAGUAUCAUAUUUAGAGCUGCCUUUGGACAGCGGUUUGAGGAGAACAAGCAUGUCGAUAAGGAAAGGAUCAAAGAACUCAUGUUUGAGGUCCAGAGAACUGCAUCUCUAAGUAGCUCUGAUCUUUUACCUGCUGGUUUGGGAUGGUUUAUGUACUAUUUGUCAGGACAACAUAGGAGAGUUAGCCAAGUUUUCGUCGAGGUUGAUACUUUGUUGAAUCAUAUAAUUGAUGAUCACUUGAAGAACCCUGAAGAUAAAACAAAUAAAGAUCGCCCUGAUAUCGUCGAUUCGAUCUUAGAUAUUAUGCAUAAACAAGAACAAGAUGAUUCUUUCAAGAUCAACUUUGAUAAUCUCAAAGGAAUCAUGCAAGAUAUAUAUCUCGCUGGAGUAGACACAAGUGCAAUCACCAUGAUUUGGGCAAUGGCAGAACUUGUUAGAAACCCCCGGGUGAUGAAAAAAGCUCAAGACGAGAUCCGAACUUGCUUCGGAAUCAAACAAAAGGAGAGAAUCGAGGAAGAGGAUGUCGACAAGCUUCAGUACUUGAAGCUUGUGAUCAAAGAAACCUUGAGACUACACCCGGCAGCUCCUUUGUUACUACCAAGAGAAACAAUGAGUCAAAUCAAGAUUCAAGGAUACGACAUUCCGCCAAAAACACUUCUAGUUGUUAACGCCUGGUCUAUAGGUAGAGAUCCUAAACACUGGGAAGAUCCAGAAGAGUUCAUCCCUGAAAGGUUUAUCGAUUGUCCUGUGGAUUACAAAGGACAGAGCUUUGAGAUGUUGCCAUUUGGUUCUGGACGGAGGAUGUGCCCUGGCAUGGCUUCAGCGAUUGCGACCGUUGAAUUGGGACUCUUGAAUUUGCUUUACUAUUUUGAUUGGAGAUUGCCUGAGGAGGAGACAGAUAUAGACAUGGAAGAAGCUGGUGAUACUACGGUUAUUAAGAAAGUUCCUCUUGAGCUACUUCCAGUUCUUCAUGAGUAAAUGAUUGUUUAACGUUAAAGAAAUCAAACAGCCUUAUAGAUCUGAAACUGUACCUCGAUAGAUAGAAAUGAUGCUUAUCAUAGUAUAUGUUUUAUAUUUUCCUCCAUAGCAGGCUACACCUAUUUAAUAACUACCUUAUUUAAGAUUUUUAAUAAACCCAUAUUAUCUCGA